AUGAGUUCUCACGGAUCACCUUCGGAGGAGGCCAGGGGAGAAUCAUUCAGACACCCUGCACAGGAAUGGCUUGAAGAAGACGACGAACUAGACAUGGAUUAUCAUUCGGCUUUGGAAGGGCCUGAAGAAGACGAUGAAGGAUGGGAAGACGAGGCAGACCGCGAUGAUGACGAUAUGGGCCUCGGCAUUGCAGAAGAAAACCCGCGUAUCAAUCUUGGAAGUAUCCAGAUUGAGUUGACGAUGGACGAUCUUCCGGAGAGCGAGGACGCAGACAAUCGUGUCCGCCCGCGCCUGUCCACCGCCCGGCUCCUCGAAUUGCUCGCAACUAAUCGCCUGCAGCAUGUCCUUCAAUCCAACGGAUGGACUACAACCGCAUCGGACGACUUCGAAGGGGAGGAAGAGGAGGACGAGGAUGAAGAUUUUCUUUAUCCAGGCCAUGUAAGACAUCGGCUACGGUCAUGGCGGGGUCGGCCAGCAGACCAAUUUCCGAAAGUCCCUAGCGACAAGGGCACAGAAUUGAUGGGUGACGGCCAUUUCGGAACAGGCCAACACUACGUGGAUCGUCUCAAAAAGCGCAAGAAGGUGCUUGCGUCCCAUCUCAUGUGGAGGGAGCUUGGGGUGGAUUCUUAUGGAGUGCGCAAGAGGGCGAACCAGUCACUUUCUCAACACAUGAUCCCUGGCUCUGCAGCUGAUAAGAUCAUCCAUUAUGAUACCCGAAGCUACUCGGGUCAGUUCUCAGAUGAUGGCAAUUUCUUUUUCUGUUGUGCACAGGACUUCAAAGUCCGGAUGUACGACACAUCUAACCCAUACGAGUGGAAAUACUACAAGACUGUCGACUAUCCGUUUGGGCAGUGGACAAUCACUGACGCUACCUUGAGUCCGGACAAUCGCCACCUCGUCUAUAGUUCAAUACGCAGUCAAGCUUACCUAGCGUCGACCGAUCCAGAGGACGAUGGAGAUCCAACGGUUUUAGAUUUCUCUCUACCCCCUGGUCAACGACGGCGACGAAGUUGGGGCAGUUCGCACUUUGGAAUAUGGUCUCUUCGAUUCUCUGGGGACGGACGUGAAGUUGUUGCAGGCACAUCGGAGAACUCGGUCAUUGUCUACGAUCUUGAAACAAAACAACCAGUUCUCAAUCUUCGAGAUCGUCACCAAGACCAUGUCAAUGCAGUCUGUUUUGGCGAUACAUCAUCUCCGCAUAUUCUCUAUUCAGGGUCUGACGAUACUACAUUGCGAGUGUGGGACCGCCGUUCCAUGGGUGAUGGCCGCGAAGCUGGAGUGUUUAUGGGACAUACUGAGGGUCUUACAUACGUGGACAGUAAAGGUGAUGGUCGAUACGUUCUUUCAAAUGGCAAGGAUCAGACCAUGAAGCUAUGGGAUCUGCGGAAAAUGAUGACAACAGCCAAGUUUGACAAUCUUGAUGCGAACGCUUAUGCAAACACAAGCGGUUUUGAUUACCGCUUUCAACCGUAUCCUGAUGACUACUAUGAGCCGCAUGAGCAUGACUGUUCUGUUGUUACUUUCCGCGGCCACCGGGUUCUGAAGACUCUCAUUCGUUGCCAUUUUUCACCAUCUGGAAGCACAAACUCACGCUACGUGUAUACUGGUAGUGAAGAUGGUAAGAUAUACGUGUACAAUAUGGAUGCCACAUUGGCCGGGACCGUCGACGUCGGUGCAGCAACUCUUAACUCCCGGCCCCGUGAGCCUGAUCUCUUUGCGACAGCAUGGGAGAUGAGCGGGGAGAUGCUAUGGAGGACAUGCGUUCGGGAUGCAAGCUGGCACCCGAAUGCCCCAGUCCUUGCAGCAACGUCGUGGAAUGGAUGGGGCCUGUCAAGCGGCACCUGCACUGUACAUUCAUGGAAUGAUGGUGCAGAGAAGGACGAGGGAGAACCACCAAUUGGGCAGAGCUACGACGACAAGCUCCGAAAUAUGCCCGAGUUCAAUCACUACCGGGAGAAUACCCAAGCUCCUCGCGCCAGGCGGCCACUCCGCAGCCGGCCUCUGCGCCGGAUGCGUGUAGAAGACGAGUCUGAGAUGGCAGAAUGGUAA